UUACGUCAUCAGCAGUUAUGAAAGCUCUGUAACGAGUAGCAUUAUGUCCUCCAGGUCCCUGUGUCUCCUCUAGGUUACUCUGGUGUUAGCGGUGCAAACACGAGGUUUCAGUCCAAACUGAACUAAAACAGCCUGUGACGUUAUUCCACAAAGUAAACGACAAAGUCUCGGUAGCCGUUCAGCAGGUGGAUAGAUUUAGCAACAUUAGCUGAAGCCUCGUAGCAAGUAGCUAACGUGACCGAGGUGUGCUGAUAAACUUGGCAGAUGACAGUGGAGCAUUAGCUGGUAAGUGUCCAUUGGAAAAAGCUCCAACCAUCACAAUGACAGCUCAGGAAGGAGAGGGAUGGGGAGGCAUUAACCUGUCACCUCACCUGCACACGGACGAGUGCAACGAGCUAAUAACUCAACUGAAGCAGUGCCACGCGGAGCACAAUGUCCUGAAGUUCUUUGGCAAGUGCAAUGAUUUGGACCGUGCUAUGCGUCAGUGCAUGAAGAAGGAGAGGCUGGAAAAGCGGGAGCGCAGCAAACAACACGCACAAGAGAUGAAAAAGAGGCUGAAAGAAGGGCCCAAGGAGCCUUUCUGAAGGACACUAUACUCUAAAACUGGCACUGCGAUUACUCAGAUAUUGGGACACUGAAUUAAGCGUGACACUGUAACAGACUGGUCCUGCUGUGUGUGAGUCGAGGAGGAGGAUCAGAGGUAUUGUGUAGUGGUGUACAUUAUCUGGAUAGUUGAGUGAAUUUCUAAUACACAUGGAUACUUGAGUGUUGUGGAUCAUACGUCUGCAACGAGAGCCCUGAGAUUUACUGGGACAUUAAAACUUUGAACACGU